AACAACAACAACAACAGAAUGAUCACCGUCCUUGUGUCACGAUGAGUAGUUAUUAUUAUGAAACUGGCGGAGUCCCGGAAGGAAGUUGCAUUCCACUGCUCAGCUCUCUUUAAAGCGUUUGAAGUGAGAUGGAAGUCAUACAGACACAGAUUUGUUCCCUGGAUAGCUUUAAACCUGCUGAAGAAUGAGAGAACACUUCGUAAAGUGAAGGAUCGCUCCCAAGACAAAUUAAUUCUGGAUGAGGAAGUGUCCGCAUCCCUGAUAUGUUUAUUCUCUGAACUAUUGAAAUAUGACCUGCAUAAUCAAAGUGAACUGCUUCGGCUGCUUCAUACAUCGUCACAGAAUAUUUAUUGCAGUGCACAAAAUGAGAAGUUUUGUGAUUCCAGUGCGGUAAUGUUGAAGACUCUCGGCUUUAAUGUCGAGAGGAAGCUCAGCUCACUGCAGUCCGCGGGAACCGGCGUGUUUGUGACGCGAGGACGCGCGCUGAAAGGAAACAUUGUAGCCAUGUAUCCAGGAACAAUCUAUCAAGCAGAUGAGCCCAUCUUUUUUCAGUCAAUCCGAAAUCCAUUUAUUUUUAGAUGUAUAGAUGGCAUUUUAAUUGAUGGAAAUGACAAAGCCAUCUCCAAGAUAGUGUACCGAUCUUGCAGUGGACGGGACAGGUAUGGUCCCUUCUGUCUCAGUGAUUGUUCCUGGCUCACUCCUCAUCCUGUGAAUCCUCUCGCAGUGGGACAAUACGUCAACAACUGUUCCAAUGAAAUGGCUGCUAAUGUCUGCUAUCAAGAAUUUGAUGUACCGAAUGGAUUUCCUCUCGAGCUUCGUCAAUACCUGCCCAAUGUUAAUUACAGACCUGAUACACAAAGGCCUUUGCGCUGUGUCGUUCUUGUGUCGCUGAGAGAUAUUCAUAUUGGUGAAGAAUUGUUCUCCAACUACUUCACAAUUGUGCAUUAAAUUCAUUUUUAUAAAUAAAAAAAAUUGUUGGUGUGUGUUGCUUAUACACAUUGAGCCCUAAAAUAUAAGAGGUUUGUAUUUAAAUAAAAAAACGUAGGUCUGAAAGUUGGUUUACA